AUGUUGGGCUCAGCAGGUUCGCCGCCGUCAGGCCGCAAGAGCCCGGACUCUACCUCUACGCUAGGCGAGGAAGGCUCGUUCCUGGAGAUCCCCCCUGCUGCUGUCACUAGUCCUUUCCAAGCGUUAGAGGAAGCAGUUGAACCAGACUCCCGGCCGGCAUCGGGCCCGCUGGAGGGUUCUCCGCCCAAUCUGCCUAUUGCGGAGGAAUCGACGGCAGCAGCAGCAGCAGCAGAGGCAGCAGCGAGCGAGCCAAAACCGAGCUCCCCGGUCCCUACUGCAACGUUGGAAACCUACGUGCGCAAGGAAAGAGCGGAGGUGUUACGGCCGUUGCCGGACGACCCGACCGCCGCCCUACGCGAAGUUGCAGCACCCGGGGUUCAACCUACGGAAGACGGCGGAGAUUCUCAGGAGGAAGGAACGGCGGCAGCAGACGACGUGGGCUACGUGCGGCGGCUGUGUGCCGCAACGGGAGGGUUCCUCCCGCCCGACCUUCGCCCCGUUGUGUGGGGUCUUCUGCUGGGCCGUGGCCGGAGGCCGUCUGACGCGGGUUUCCUGAAGUGGCGGGCGCGGAGGCGGGAAGAUCUUGCCGCGGGAGCCGCCGACGCCCCGGCCGUUUCCUACAAGCUGGACCUGCGGAACGAUUGCCUCGCGCUCGCGCGGCGGCUGUGCGAUGAUGACAACGUCGCCGGGGAGAACGAGGGUGGCGGGGCUGACAAUGGUGCUAGCGGCGAGGGGGGGGGUGCGAAGAAAGACCCGGAAGCUUUGGCGUUCGAUAUCGAAGAGGUCCUGACUUUCUACUGCACGCGCAGAUCAGAAGCCUACGAGCCCGUUCUGUGUGCCCUCGUCGGCCCGCUCUUCUCUAUGGGCCUUGACGCCCCCGCCGUGUCGGCGAUGCUGAACCCACUCGUCGGCUCCGUCACGCUCUUCUUGGGGAGGGGACUGACACACGCGGUGCGGGACUUGGCGUGGGCGCACGCUCACCGGCGCCUGCACGACCUGUGCACGUACCACGACCCGGAGCUGGUGCAGCACCUCAACAGGUCCUUCCCGGGGUGGGAGAUGCCUCUCCCUGGGGCCAGCGCAUCGCACGCGGAGACCAGCGCUCUCGACCAAGAAGCUUCAGCAAUGGUCGACGACCUGGAGUCCUCCCUGCAAGGCUUUGCCCCCAGGCGACGCUCCAUGAAGGCCGGCUCGACGGCGCAGGCGGAAGCGGUCGGCGGAGGGGCGGCGGGGGGGCCGGCGGCGGCGGCGGCGGCGGCCGGCCGGCCGGCCCGAGCGGCCGGGGAGGGCUUGGUGGAGCCGUCGCUGCUGGUGGCGGCGAACGCGGCGCUCGGGGCGUCAGCGCCCUUGGGGCGGCUGCUGCCGCUGUGGGACUACCUGCUCGUGCGGCACGAUAAACACUUCGGGUUCUUCUUGCUUCUGGCGGCUUUGCUUCGCCGCCGAGAGGAGCUUCUCCUUGCGACCGGUCCCCAGCUACGCCUCCUUUUAGCGGAAACCCUUUCCCCCUCCGCGAUGGCGAGCCUCUUAGUCGACGGAGAAGAGAGCCUCGAGGGGGAGGAGGCGGAGGCGCUUGACCUAGCGACGCCGGAGUCGUUCAGGCACCACCUGGCGCUUAUCGGCGAGAUUGCUGAGGCAGAGCACGAGGCGGCCGUCAGAGCGCGCGCGCAACGGAGGGUGGAGGGAGGGAGUGACGGGCCGGACGGGAAGGCUGCGGCAGUGCCGGCGUCGUCGGGAAGCAAAGAGGGUGGCCCAGCAGCGGACGGUAGUACUCCGUCGGCGCCGACCUCUCCCAGACCUCAAGCAGCGGGGCAAGCAGGGACAGAAGCAGCAAGCAAAGGGCUGGGCCACCCGUCGCUGCUGCGCAUGCGGACGAUGAUGAAGACGGCGGGAGACAAGCUGGCCGCUGAUCUCAAGAACCUCAAGCUCGCCCGCCCGAACCCGGAAAACUCCCGACAAUCUCGGGAAGACCUCGCCCCUCCGACAGAGCUGUCACUGCCGCAGCUGUGCCUCGCCGUCAGUGCGAAGGAGCUAGUGGCGGGGGUCUCCGGCAGGCGUCGGGAGCGUGCUGCGACAGGGGAUGGAGGUGGAGGGGCGGGGGCAGGAGGGGCGAAGGGCGUGGAUGCUGGAGGGGGUCAGGGUGCGCUUUUCAGACAGCGACAGCCGUUAGCGUUUUUCGCGGUGGACUGCAGGCCUAAGCAGCAGGUGGACGCAGGCCGGUUUCCGACUGCGUAUCACCUAGACCCAUCGGCAAUGGAGAAUCCGGAAGAAAUGGCCGAGAAAAUCAUGCCCGUGUUCGAGCCCCUUAGAAAGCGGGCGCACGUCUGUCUUAUCGGCAGCGGGGAUGGGCAUCUCCGGGCGAGGGGGCUCGCGGGUGGGAACGGGCACCAGGUUGGGGGGGGUAUCGGAAGCCAGAGGGCCGCGAGAGACGACUACAGCUAUGUGAACACGUGCGCUCUUUUCUUCGUGAAGCGAGGCUUUCCAUACGUGUCGGUGCUUGAGGGGGGGUAUGCCGCCGCUCAUGAGUUGGUGACGGACACGAUGGCCGCCGGGGCCGAAGGGGAAGGGGACGUCGCUCUCUCCGCCGUCAUCGUUGACCACAUCGCCGCCGCCUGCCGGCUCUGCCUUGUCCAGAAACCCGGCGGCGCCGGCGCUGCCGGAGGGUCGAAGUUCCCGCUCUCCCCGCCGUUGUGGGCACGCAUGGGGGCGGCCGAUUCGUCCACCCACGGCAUUAUCGCCUCAACCGACGACAGCAGCAAGGGCAGCGGCAAGAAGGGGAGCGAGUCGCCGUUCUUCCCGGCUAAGUCACCGGGCACGGAGAAGACUUCGUCCUCCAGCCACAGCAGCGCUAGCGCCAAGAGCGGCGGCGAUGUGGUCAGCGGUGGCGAGGGAAGCGGCCACGACAGCUCUGCCGCCGCUCCUCCUGUGGCCGCCGCUGGCACCACCACCGGCAGUAGCAGCAGUAACCUGUUCAAGGGGGGGACCAUGUUUAGCGGGAUGAAGAUCAACAUGGGCGAAAUCUUCAAGAAGGGUGCCGCGACAAGCAACAACUCCGAGGGAGGAGCUAGUGCUGAAACGGCGGGAUCGGAAGGAAGUUCUAACACUGCUGCUGCGGCUGCGGCUGAUAAACCGGAGGAGGCGGCGAAGGGGGACGGGGAGCCCGCGACCGACUUGGCGGCGAAGCUUCGCAUCUCGCUUGGCAGGUUCGGUAGCUUGAAAGAGGUCAAGAAGGAUGCCGAGGGGGCUGGUAGCGAAGCUGCGACGGCGGCGGCGGCGGCGGCGGCGGCGGCAGGGGGUACGUCUGAAAAGGACAAGGACUCCGGGAUCGGGUCGCUAUUCCGAAAGGCGCAAUCCUUCAAGGCGGCCGACGUAGCCGCAGCGUUCGCCGAUCUCCGCGACGGGCCCAAGACCUUCGGUGUCGCCUCCCCCACGGGUACGACCCAGGCGAGAGGUGCAGCAGCUGGCCGGGGGGGGAGGGGGGGGGUGCAGCAGGUGGUAGAGGUGGAGGAGGUACUAGGGGAGGAAGAGGACGAUGACGAUGACGCGGGGGAGCUUUUCGUGAUCGGCGAUGAUGAGAGCGAGACUAGCGAGAACCCGGACAGUGACUUCGAGGGCUUCGACGGGGAGCACCCGCCGCCGCGUGCUGGAGGCGCUCGCACCGCGGCGGACAAGGAAGUCGCGCUGCUGGAGCACCGGCUCAGCGGACAAAUCAAGGGGGCGACAAUGGUCGUAGACGAGUUUCUAAAGGUACCGGGGGCCAAGGUGUUCACCGUCACCAAGCACAAGGUGACCUUCCACGAUGUCGACGCCACCCCGGAAGCCUCGUCACCAGACAGCAGCACCAGUAACGCCUCUCCCGAAAACGACGCUCAAGGCGGGGACGCAAAAGCUAGCACCGCCGAGGAGAAGGGAGUUGCAGCAGAUUCCGAGGUCGAAACGAGCGGCAACGCAGACGGCGAGGAGGAGGAGGAGAAGUCUUCACGGCAGCAAGAGGAGGGGUCCAAGAAGAAGAUGAGGGUCCGCGCGGUAACGGAACUCGAGCGCGUGGUCUUCCUGUCUCGGGAGCGCAUCUUGGUCCUCGCCUGCCCGUCCGGGCCCACGAGCCCGGGGCUCGUGAAAUCGAACCACCACCUUACCGAGCUGCAGAAGAUGACCUUCAUGAGGAGAGACCCGUCGCUGGUGACCCUGCACUACUUGGCGCCGGGGGGCCCGCAGGAGGAUGGUUCUCCCGGGGCGACGAAGCGGAACGUGUACCGGUUUGGUCUGGACGACAAGGAGGCGUUUAUCCGGAUCAUCCGAGGGGCUUUGCAGCGGUUCCAGGCGUAAGAAUGAGCUGGGCUUGUUUUGGCGCACCGUGUUUUUUCGCUUCAGGGACAGCAGCAGUGUGCCGUCGAAUUUGAUGGGGAACCAAUGUUGGUGGUUCGGAGAUGGAUGGGAGGAGGUUAUGUAUCAGUAAGGACUUUUGGGUCUCUUUGUUGUCUGUGACAAGAUGGUUAGAUAGUGUACUGGCAUCAGUUUUAUUUCUUGAUUGAUUGAUUGAUUGGGUGUGGUUUGGUUUGUUUGGUUGUUCGCCCUUCCCGGUUGUUUGGAGUUUUUCAUCCGGUCGCGUUGAAUCGUGCCUUGAAACGAUACCGUUGUUUUUUAUGCAGUCGAGCAAGGGUGGUGGCGGUAGUACGCGUAAGCGCGUACGUACGUGUGCGGCGAUGUUGGAAGGCAUUUUUUUGUGGGUUCGGAGAGGAGCGCUAAGCGUGGCCCCCAAGGACUUUCUCGUUAGGGAUGGCGCGGGUGGGCGCUUGUGUUUUGCGUUUUGGCACGCUUCCGCUCGGUUCUCCGAAACUGCCAUCCAUGCGCAGCUAAACAGGCCGCCUCAGCUUCAGGAUUUGCCACUCCCGGUGAAGAUGUCGAUGAGCCCCGCUGAACUGCCGGCGGCUCCUUUCCGCAAAUCGACGACCGCCGCGACGUUUCUGUCCGUCGUUGGUGUCGAUCGAGGCUGGAUGUUAUCUAGUAUGGUGCGUAGCACUUUUGCUGCGAAGUUAGGCUGGGCGCAGCUAGUGCGUCCUCCAGGAGGUCGUCGUGUGCCUAGCGGCGUGCCUACUAGAUACUGCUGUAGGUCUAGAUGAAG